AGGCAAAAUAGCUGUGGUUUUUAUUUAAAAACAUCCUCCGUCGAAACUGGCCAGUCGUGGUGCGGACAGCCGACGAGAACGCAACGCAAGAUCUCAAUAUGAAGCAGUUUAUUUACAGUGAGUCCAUUAGCAUUAUGUCAUCGAGCCGGCGUUUUUAUUAUCGAUUGUAAAUAACAAGCUUGACCUGUAUUUUUGUUUGCCACUACGAACUUAGGUCAUAUCGAAAAUUUGGUAAUCGGUUUAAAUUAUAUUGUGUAAUUUAACUCGUUAUUAUUUAUGAUAGUGGCAGGUAGAAACAAAUAUGUUUUGAAAUUGAAUUGACCGUUGGAACUUUUUAUAGAUAGCUUAUAUUCUCUGUUACCGGUUUCUUUGUUAUUGAUUGGGUAUUUUUGAUUUCGUCCUGUAAUUUAUACAAUUUUUCACUCCAUUAUUUGCAUAUUUAAUAGCGAGGAUUGGCAUAAAUCAUAAAAAACAUCUUAGAUCUACCUUCGUUGAUGUAAAUCUUGAGUAAUAUAAACAAAAAACCUAUUUUAAUUUCUAUCUAUAUAAAAUAUUCAAAAAGAUUUAGUAGGCAUUAUAUUUUUGGAUAAAUUUCACGUUGCGGGUAUUAGAAAAAGAGAUUUAGCUUUGAAAAUUAAUAAGGCAGUGUUAUAAGUUGAUACAGAAUUAAAUGCCGGUUUUGCUAGUAAGCAAAAAAAACAUAAUUCGGAUUUGAUGACCAAGCACUUUUCGGGGUCUGGCGCAUAUCAAAUUUACUGACAAGCAAGCAACAGUACUAGCCGCAGUCGCCAUGGCGAUGGCGGACGAGACGAGCGUACAAAAUCUCCUCGCCAAAGGCAACAACAAAUUCUCCGCUUCGAUGUUCAAUGAAGUCGCAAAAUUGAACCCUGGCAAGAGCGUGGUCAUGUCUGGAUUCUCUGCCAUGUCUCCCCUGGCAGAGCUGGGCCUAGCCUCAGCUGGAGUCUCUCACGAUCAAAUUCUUGACAUCAUCGGAAUGCCUAACGACAAUGCUACCAAAGAAGUAUUUUCGUAUGUGAGCAAAGAUCUGCGUUCUGUUAAAGGAGUAGAAUUAAAGAUUGCGAACAGUAUCUACAUUCCUACUGGUUAUGAGCUGAAUGAAGAAUUUGGGGCUGUUUCCAGAGACGUGUUCGGUUCAGAAGUAAGACAACUCGAUUUCACCAAAAGCGAGGAGGCUGCUAAGACCAUCAACACAUGGGUUGAAGAUAACACUAACAAGCGAAUCAAAGAUUUAGUGAGCCCUGACUCUUUGGGACCCGACACCCGAAGUGUUCUAGUUAACGCAAUUUACUUUAAGGGUAGCUGGAAGGAUAAAUUUGACUCCAAAAUGACUGCUGACCGUGAUUUUCACGUAACAAAGGACAAGACUAUUCAAGUUCCCACCAUGUUCAAGAACGGCGACUUCAAAUUCGGUUACAGCGAGGAGUUAGAUGCUAAGCUAUUGGAAAUUUUCUACGAAGGUGAUGAAGCCUCUUUCCUUAUUGUACUCCCGAACCAAAUCGAUGGAAUCACAUCUCUCGAGGAGAAAUUGAAAGACCCCUCUGCGCUGGUGAAGGCUACAGAAAAUAUGCACACCACUGAAGUUGAUGUGUAUCUUCCCAAGUUCAAGAUUGAAACCACUAUUGAUCUGAAAGAUGUUCUUGAAAAGAUGGGCAUCACACACUUAUUCAGUCCUUCGACUGCUAGACUGGAAAAACUUCUUAAGAAUGUAGAUGGCGGUUUGUACGUCAGUAAUGCCAUCCAAAAGGCGUUCAUUGAAGUAAAUGAAGAAGGAGCUGAGGCUGCGGCUGCAAGCGCUUUCGGCGUAGUUGCAACUUCAUUCGUAAUAAGAGAAACUCCGCGAUUUGAAGCGGACCACCCUUACAUGUUCUUCCUUAAACAAAAAGAGAAUGUACUGUUCACAGGAGCCGUUAACUUUCAGGACAAUUAACAAUUCCUACAUACAAUUAUGAAGACUAUCUGAGACAUUUAUCAAUGACAUUUAAUUUCAAUAAAAUUUAUAUUUUCAGUACAUUGUUUUUCAUUUUUUUGUUCUAAUACCAUAAAUCUGAAUUAUAUGGAUGUUUGUUCGUUACUCAGCCACGCGAAAUACAGAGUUUAAUGAAAGUUGGUCCACAGCAAUGGAUUUGGUGGGACGAACAAAAAUCCAUAAUUCCAUAAUAAGAUCCUGGGGUAAAUGCAGAGGACUUAACAGCCCAUGGCUUUUACAAUAAUCAAAGAAUACCAGUUGUCCCCUGUCAAUGUACGAAAACCAGUUUUCCUUGUCGUCUUGGAGGAGCUCGAUGGCGCAGGGGCUUACCGCGUUCGGCUUGCGAUCGUGGCAGUUAAACAAGUUUCGCAAUGGCCGGUCAUUGCGAGGGUGACCAAAAACUUAUUAACUAGAGCUCCACCGUGCUGCGGAAGAAUUGUUAAGCCGUUGGUCCAGGCUGCAACUGCAGUCGUCACCAACCACCUAUACUUGCGAAACUCGCGUGGUGGGCCCAAUAUCCUUAUUCCAUACAUAGGGAGGGCCUGUGUCCCAGCAUUAGGCACAUUAAUGGACUGAUUAUGAUGAUAAGUUCAUAGUAUCCUUUGCUAAAUCUGUCAGCGGCUGUACGUUGCCUUAAAUGUACUUAUUUAAGUACUACAACAUCAACAAAUCUAACAAUUAAUAUCUUUAUUGAGAGGUAGACUCUAAUAUGAAUGUGUACCUAAGUAAGUAUAAAUUUCAUAAACGCAACAGCGCAAACGCAAGAAAUUCCACUAUAAAAAUGUGAAAGUUUGUAUGUUUGUUACUCAAUCAUACAAAAACUACUCAACAAAUAUUGCUGAAAUUUGGUACUCAUUCUUCCUUAUUCCAAAACGCAGACUAAACUUAAUCUUCUUUCUAACAAACAAAAGUGACAGCAUCAGUUUUAAACCAGGCUUUACUGUAGUCAAUGGUUUAUAAUAAGGUGCUUAUAGUUUAUGACCUGGAUUGAGACAUACGAUGCUUUUUAUCCAUGCCAUAGGCUGUUGGGUGCGGAGACGCGGCAGAAUCUCUAAACGGGGAUCCUGCGGUUUUGCACUUAGCAGCUUAGAGGGUAUUCGCAGGGUUUUUUUAGCGGAUAUUAUGCUCUAAAGCGCCCGUAAGAGUUAUGGGAUCCUCAGUGGGCAGCCACUGCAG